GCCUUGGAACGGGCAGAAUUUGACGCCGCUGGCUCUGGUGAAACCAUAAGGCUUGAUUUGAACCCGAUACAAAUGUCUUUGGCCGUAGCAGAUCUGGCCAAACUGAGAUUUAUCAAGCAGGAUCCUCACAUGGUGUUCUCCAAGUUGCUGCGUUCAAUUUCAGACGUGUCUCCUUCUCUUGGUGGUUUGGCUGUCUGCCACGUGGUGUGUGCCCUGGCCAGGGCGAGCGAUGCAAGGACCCUUUCAUGGAGAAGCAAGAAAGUCCUGACAGUCCACACCAACGAAGAUAGCUUUCAGAUGUUGCUUUUAAACAAGCUGGAGGCGCAGCUUUUGAAUAGAAUGGAUGAGUUGCAGCCGCAGGGCCUCUCGGCCAGUGCUGCCGCUUUCGUGAAAUUGCGCCGUUGUAGCCAGGAGCUUUUUGCCGGGUUGGCAAGAGUCUCAAUGCGUUGCUUGGCCAGCUUUUCCCCUGAGGAUUUUGCAAUGAUGUCUUCAGCUCUUGGCGCCGUGCCCGAUGCUUUCAGCAGCUCUUGGAGCUGUAGCCUGUUGGAGCAGCUUGGGGAGCACGCAGCCCGUUCGUUGACGCAAAGCUCAUGGUCGCCCAGGCAAGUGGCGCAAGUGUUUCGACCGUUUGCAUCGCAAGCGCUUCCAGAAGGCCUGCUGACAGCCGCUGUAGGGCACUUCAGGACCGAAGCGAAGAAUUAUUCUCCACGAGACGUGGCUAAAUUCCUCUCCGGCAUCGGUUCUGCCACACGAAACAAGGACUUCGCGGCAGUGUUGUGGGGUGCGUUGAAACCUCGCCUGGCAGCGCGAAAUCCAGCUUCAGGCGCCGAGACACUCGCUAUGGCACAAGCCCUGGCGCAAUUGCGACACGUGAUCCCUGCGUCCCAGUUGAGGCAUCGCUUCCGUUUUCUCAGCCGCAGUUUGCGUCGAGCUGUUGACUGCCAACUUCUUCAGCCACAUGAGCAGGCAACUGCGCUGCAAAUAUGGGCUCUUCUUGGCUUGAGGGAUUGGCCAUUGUUGGCCAAACUGGCUGGCAGAGGCUUGGAGGCUCUGGCGGCAAACACUGUCUUGCGCCUUACAGAUGGCGCAGAUACUAUUCUCCCAGCACACCCUGAGGAUUUGUCUGAAGCAAUCUAUGCCUUUGCAAAACUUGGGGCACCAGACCUUGUUCCUGGAGCCUGUCGACCACCAGUUUCAGGGUUUUUGCUUCGAGCCAUGAAGGUGCUCGAUGCUGCGGAUGCCGUUGUGAGGUUGUCAGAGCGAGGGCUGCAACAGCUAUUGUUGGGCAUCGCCCUGUCUGGCCCUUCAGAAGAAGCUCCUUUGGCACGUUUUCCCGCGCAGGCUUUUGCAGAAAGGCCUAGAAGCAUGGUUCCCGUUUCCCAGCGCUCAAAAAGUCUCAGAGGAGUUUCGGUCGAGAUCCGCUUUGCAAAUCUCAGGCUGGAUGCUGCCAGUGAAACGGCCCGUCUCGUGACGAACUGCGCUGCACUGGAAUUUUGGUUAACAUCAGACGAACUGUCGCCAGAGCCUGCGGAAUUCUUUUCCGACUGCUUGAAAAUCAAUGAGGCAGAGCCAAAAGCAUCUUUACGGACCUUGGAGCUCAAUGUGCUCACGGCCUUGGAGCGAUUCUUGAAAACUAAUCCAAGUGAAGAAGACGUGCCGCCUUCCAUAUCAAUCAUGCAUCAGACACCAGUGGGCGAUAUCAAGUUAGCCAUCCCAUCAUGGAACGUGGCUAUCAUGGUGGGCCUCCCUCCGGAUUUUUUUCAGCGUCCACCAGCUGACAGUGGCUGGGGAAGCACCGGUGAAAAUGAAUUAGAUCACGGAGCCUUGCCUGGCGAUUUCGUGCACAGUCUGGGAGAAACUGUUGAGCUGGAAGCUCCUUGUGACGAAAGGACGCCCAUGCCAAAUUCAAGCCAGCAUGGUGGGCCGGACAAUUGCUUGCUGGACUGGCAAAGGUUGCCAGCGCUCAGAAUACGGCUCUUGAAGUGUCCUUCCUCAAGGAGGCACUUUAAGACCUUUGCCCAACAGCAGCCGUGCCGACAACAUGGCUGCAGAGUUGAUCUCCAGUUGAUUAGCAGCAGAUUUAAGCCAGGCGAUGGCAGGCCGUGCACGGAACUGGCGGCCUGGGGCCUCUUUCAUUUUGUCGGCCACGAAGAUCUGAUAAGAUAUCCAAUGCCACCGACUUUGAAUUGGAUUUCUUUGCACCAUCCAAUGAAAGCGGCUUUGCCACUGCUGCAUGAGUCGCAUGACAUCCAUUUUGCUUGGUUUAUUGCCGUUUCAAGAUUUGCCCAUACUGCCAAGGAAAUCCAAGGAAUGAUUCUACAUGUUUGCUGGAAGUGGCAUGCAAUCAUAUGCAAUAAUAUACUCAAAUGA